UUCAUUAGCGAUACUCAACACUGCUGCUUGCGCUCUGAUCUUUCGACGAUUUGAAAAUAAAAGAAAAAAAUCCAGUUCAUCAGCUGUUUUUAGUUUUCAAAGAAAGGGCAAGCAGCGAAGCGCAAGAAAACGCAUAAAAAAUGGGAAUCAUUUUUAAAAACUGUCUCAAAUAAUAGUUCAAUAUUUUGCAUUUCUCUAUUAUUGCUUAAAUUUUUACAUUAGAAAAACAUAAAUUUUUUAUAAAUUUUGAUUCCGGAUUAAAAUAAAAUGUAUCGUGUCGGCUUUAAUGUUUCGAAAAAUUCAUUUUGUCAAAUUUAUAAAGUUGAGAAAUUUGAUAAUUCAAGGUUGUAUUCAGCGGUUCGGAGCAAAGCUUUGCAAAAUCGCAAUAAUGUCGAAAACAGAUUGUCGCAUCGUUUAUUAGUAAGACAUUCAUCAGAUGGCUACCAAAGCAAUAAAAAAAGUAAGAGUCGAAUCGGUCUCUUGGCUGUCGGUUCACUUACAUUAGGAACAAUCGCUAUAUUAGGAUAUGCAAAGAAUAAUAGAGAAUUUAGAGACACUCUUGAUAAGUGGAUUCCUGGAGCUGAUGAAACAAUAAAAUUGAUAUUUUUAGAAGAAAAUUCUUUUAUAGCUUACAUUCGUGAUUUUUUCAACAAUUUCAAGCAAAGUGUCCCGUUUGGAAUUUUUGAUACUACAAAAGAAUCUGAAAUUACGAAACCGAAAGAAGAAAAAAAAGCUUCAAAAGCAAUCAUUGAGGCGCCAAUUGAAAAGAAGCAAAAAUCCGAGAUUUCAGUCAACACUGAUAAUAAACCGAAAAAAACAAAAAAAGAUGAAAUAGAAGCUGAGAAUAAUCUUCCUCGUCCAUCUUCAAAAGAUUUGAAUCAAGUGAAAGCUACGAGCCUAGAUGAUUUAAAGAGAUCAUGCAGUCAAUUAGCUACAAAAGUAAUAAGUGAAUAUGAAAAUGCUAUACAAGUUGUCAACAAUUACAAUCGAGGAAUUGCGGAAGUCGUUGAAGCUAACGUUUCAACUGUACAUUCAUCGUCAGUUUGGAAAAGAUUGAAAGAAGAUUUAGAGAAGCGGAAAAAAAUUAUCCAACAAGUUGAUAAAUUCACCUCCGAUGCUGAGCAAGAAAUAAAACAAUAUUUGAGUUCCAUGAAUUCGAAAUUCGAUAUACCGGAUACAAUAAAAUCAGAAGCUCGUAACUUCGUUGAUAAACUUUUGACUGAUCUUCAUAAAGCUAAAAAAAAAUAUGAAGACGAAAAAUCCAAUGUGAAGAUCGCUGAAAAAUUCAUGGAUAAAAUGAAUAUUGCUAGGCAACAUUUUCAUGAAGAACUUCAAAUAUUGUUCCCUGAUAUGAAUGUAAACGAUGGACUAUUGCCUAGUAGUGACAAAGCAUUCGAUCUCUUUGUACUUUAUAUGUAUAACAAAGUCAACUAUUUGAAAUCAGAGUUAGAUAAACUUGAAACCAUUGGGAAUGAAAAACUGAAAGCUGCAUUGAAUUCCUCCGGGGCAAGUGCGGAUGAUAGCAAAAUAAAUGAAAUUGUUAGUAGAGAAUUAAACAAAGAAAAGCGACUUCUUCAAGAAGAGUUUGAUAAAAAGCUUUUGGAAGAAAGAAAAAUUUUUAUGGAAGAACUUCGUAAGCAACUGAAACUCCAAGCUCAGAUUAAUGCAGAUCAACUGAAGGAAACUCUUGAAUUAAAGGAAAGAGAAACUGAACGGUUAGUAAACCAAACUCUUGAAGAAAAAUUAGAAAAUGAAUCAAGCAAUUAUAAAGCACAACUCGGAGUAGUUGUUGGGCGUUUGCGUGGAUUAGAUGAAGCCCUUAAAUUACGUUUAUCGGAAGAAAAAGGAGCAUGUGAAGUACAAGUACUUUGGGCUGCUUGUCAAGCAUUAGCAAGAGCAGUAAAAGCUACACCACACAGUAUUUUAGAUGAUCAACCACUAAAACCACUGGAAUUAGAAAUAAAAGCCGUUUCAAAAGUUGCUCCAAAAGAUGAUACUCUGGUCCAAGCAACUCUUGCUGCCAUACCUCAAGAAGCUGUAAAACGAGGUGUUUUUACGGAAAAUGUUCUAAGAGAACGAUUUUUAAAGGUUGAACACAUGGCAAGACGACUCGCUCUUGUUCCCGAAGAAGGUGCAUCUUUACCAAUUUACUUCUUGAGUUAUCUCCAAAACUUUUUACUCGUUAAGGCUGAAACUCCUAUAACAAAGAGUGAGCUAUCUGAUGAACCAAUUGAUGUCAAUAAACUCGAUACAUACGAUAUUUUGAAUCGUGCAAGAUAUUGGCUCGAUCGAGGAGAUUUAAAAUUGAGUCUUAAGUAUAUGAAUUUAUUGAGUGGAGCGCCAAGAAGCGUAGCUAAAGAUUGGAUGAAUGAAACAAGAAUUUUAUUAGAAACACAACAAGCAGUCGACACUUUAAUUGCUUAUACUGGGGCUAUAGGACUUUUAUUUCUUGGUAGCGAACAGCCAAAAAAGGUUGACCAUUAAUUAAUGAACAAAAUAUUUAUCAAUCUGUGCUUCACUGUUCUAUCAAUAACGAGCGCAGACAUCAAUAUGAUAUGAAUUUUCUAUUCAGCCAAGAAAAAAAAAUAGAUAUUUGUAUAAUUAAAAAAUUAGUAAUGUAUAUUUGAAUAUAAUUGUUGAAGACCCAGUUAAUUAAAAAUUUAAAAAUCUUA